AUUCUGUUUCAUUCUAUCAAAAUCUUAUUAUAAAUGCUAAUCAUACUUCGUUAUCGAAACUAAACAUAAAAUGUUUAUACAAAAUUAAAAAAACGAAAACCACAAAAUUAAAACAUAGAAUUGUGAAACGUGAUUCCUUGCCUGAAGAUUUUCAGGAAGAUGUAGAUAUUGAAGUCCUUAAAACAGUAGAACAACAUGCCCCUGAACCUCAAGUGCUAAUGGAAGUACGACAAAAUGAUCAAUUAAUUGAUGGUAUGGUAACUGUUAUAUCUGGUACUCCCCUGGUUAUGGAAAUUAAACUUGAUGAAGCGAGUAAUGAUAUUUAUGGUUUAAGUGUCAAUUAUUUGCAAGUAACAGAUAUGGCAGAAAUGUCUGAAACCAUAUUAUUUAAGGGCUGUACGGUGGAUCCUUAUCUAUUUGAAAACUUUAAUCUCACGAAUAAGAAGUCUUUGAAAUCAAAAUUUCGCGCCUUUAAAUUCCCCAAUACAGCAUUUGUACAAUUUCGAGCAAAUGUGAAAAUUUGUUUACAAAAUUGUGCUCAACCUCAAUGCAUAGGAAGCAACUCCAAACAGUCUCGUAAAAGACGUCAUUUAAAUAAUCCACCAAAACAUUUCUAUGAAAUGUUAACCAGUUUUGUUAUAAAACUAAAUGAAACCCAUCAAAGCAAUGAAGCUGAAUUGCAACAACUACAAAAUCAUGUUCAAUUAUUACAUACAAAAAAUUUACAUAUUAUUACUUUAAAAUAACUUUACAUUCCCAUGCCUUCUAAAGGAAAAAAAACAAAAUUGCACAUUGAAUGUAAAAAAUUAAUAAUAAAUUAAUGUUUUAUUACACACCCCCCAUGGUUGGAUAAAUAUUAUAUCGUUAUUGACUUCUUCAUCUUUAACCAAUAAUAAAUACAAAUAAAAAUGUUUUGGUAAUAAUUUUCAAAUGUUA